GCGGGGCAGACCGCGGCUACCAUUUCCAACAUGGCGCACGCUGGUGGCGGCGGCUCUGCGGGCCGGGGAUUCAGCGGCGCCCGCUGGGGUCGCUCGGGCUCUGCGGGUCACGAGAAACUGCCGGUGCACGUGGAGGACGCUCUCACCUACCUCGACCAGGUGAAGAUCCGCUUUGGCAGCGACCCAGCCACCUACAAUGGCUUCCUGGAGAUUAUGAAAGAGUUCAAAAGCCAGAGCAUUGACACCCCUGGCGUCAUCAGGCGUGUGUCGCAGCUCUUCCAUGAGCACCCUGACCUCAUCGUGGGAUUCAAUGCUUUCCUUCCACUCGGAUAUCGAAUAGACAUUCCUAAGAAUGGCAAGCUCAGCAUCCAGUCGCCUCUGACAAGCCAGGAGAAUUCGCACGGCCAUGGUGACUGUGGUGAGGACUUCAAACAGCAGGUGCCAUACAAGGAGGACAAAGGUCAGGUGACCCUGGAGUCGGACUCUGUGGAGUUCAACAAUGCCAUCAGCUAUGUGAAUAAGAUCAAGACCCGCUUUCUUGACCACCCCGAGAUCUAUAGGUCCUUCCUGGAAAUCCUGCACACCUAUCAGAAGGAGCAGCUGCACACAAAGGGCCGCCCAUUUCGCGGUAUGUCCGAAGAGGAGGUCUUCACUGAGGUGGCCAACCUCUUCAGAGGCCAAGAGGACCUGCUUUCAGAGUUUGGACAGUUUCUGCCUGAGGCCAAGCGGUCCCUGUUCACAGGCAGUGGGCCAUGUGAGAUGAACAGUGUCCAAAAGAACGAACAGGAGAAGAACUUGGAACACAGCAAGAAGCGCUCCCGGCCCUCACUCCUGCGCCCUGUGUCUGCACCUGCCAAGAAGAAGAUGAAGCUACGAGGUACCAAAGACCUGUCCAUUGCUGCCGUGGGCAAGUACGGCACACUGCAGGAGUUCUCCUUCUUUGACAAGGUGCGCAGGGUACUGAAGAGCCAGGAGGUUUACGAGAACUUUCUACGAUGCAUUGCACUCUUCAACCAGGAGCUAGUGUCUGGCUCUGAACUGUUGCAGCUGGUCAGCCCAUUCCUGGGGAAAUUUCCAGAACUUUUCACACAAUUCAAGUCUUUCCUGGGAGUGAAAGAACUAUCAUUUGCACCACCCAUGAGUGAUCGAUCUGGGGAUGGAAUAAGCCGAGAAAUUGACUAUGCCUCUUGCAAACGCAUUGGCUCCAGCUACCGGGCACUGCCCAAAACCUACCAGCAGCCCAAGUGCAGCGGGAGGACAGCCAUCUGCAAGGAGGUUCUGAAUGACACAUGGGUCUCAUUCCCCUCCUGGUCAGAAGACUCCACCUUUGUCAGUUCCAAGAAGACGCCUUAUGAAGAACAGCUGCACCGCUGUGAAGAUGAACGGUUUGAGUUAGAUGUCGUCCUGGAGACCAACCUGGCCACCAUCCGCGUGCUGGAGAGUGUGCAAAAGAAGCUGUCACGGAUGGCGCCAGAGGACCAGGAGAAGUUCCGUCUGGAUGACUCUCUGGGUGGCACAUCCGAGGUGAUCCAGCGGCGUGCCAUCUACCGCAUCUAUGGUGACAAGGCCCCUGAGAUCAUUGAGAGCCUCAAGAAGAACCCUGUCACUGCUGUGCCUGUCGUCCUAAAAAGGCUAAAAGCCAAGGAGGAGGAAUGGCGGGAGGCCCAGCAGGGAUUCAAUAAGAUCUGGCGUGAGCAGUACGAGAAGGCAUACCUCAAGUCCCUUGACCACCAGGCCGUGAACUUCAAGCAGAAUGACACCAAGGCCCUACGUUCCAAGAGUCUGCUCAAUGAGAUUGAGAGUGUCUAUGACGAGCACCAGGAGCAGCACUCUGAGGGCCGUAGUGCUCCGUCCAGUGAACCACACCUAAUCUUUGUGUAUGAGGACCGGCAAAUUCUGGAGGAUGCAGCUGCACUCAUCAGCUACUACGUGAAGAGACAGCCAGCCAUCCAGAAAGAGGACCAAGGCACCAUCCGCCAGCUAUUGCACCACUUCCUGCCCAGCCUCUUCUUCUCACAGCAGCGGGAGCCAGGUGCCUCUGAGGAGUCUGCUGACGAAGAACGGGAAGCCCCAGUGGCCAGUGCAGAGCCAUCUGAGCGCAGGAAGCCCAUGCAGGGUAGUGCCCCAGAGGAGAAGGCCACCUUAGGGGAUGCGCCAGCCUCUGAGCAGCCACUGCCACUGCCACCACCACCCAAGCCCCUAGACGAUGUGUAUAGCCUCUUUUUUGCCAAUAACAACUGGUACUUUUUUCUGCGCCUGCAUCAGACACUGUGCUCGCGGCUGCUUAAAAUCUACCGGCAGGCACAGAAGCAGCUGCUGGAGCACCGCACUGAGAAGGAGCGCGAGCAGCUGUUGUGCGAGGGCCGCCGGGAGAAGGGCAGUGACCCUGCCAUGGAGCUGCGCCUCAAGCAACCCAGUGAAGUGGAGCUGGAGGAGUACUACCCAGCCUUCCUGGACAUGGUACGGAGCCUACUAGAAGGUAGCAUUGACCCCACACAGUAUGAGGACACCCUGCGGGAGAUGUUUACUAUCCACGCUUACAUCGGCUUCACCAUGGACAAGCUGGUGCAGAAUAUCGCUAGACAGCUGCACCACCUGGUGAGUGACGACGUGUGCCUCAAAGUAGUAGAACUCUACCUGAAUGAGAAGAAGCGUGGGGCUGCAGGUGGGAACCUGUCUUCCCGCUGUGUCCGUGCAGCCCGGGAGACCAGUUACCAGUGGAAGGCAGAACGGUGCAUGGCUGAUGAGAACUGCUUCAAGGUGAUGUUCCUGCAGCGCAGGGGACAAGUGAUAAUGACCAUUGAGCUCCUGGACACUGAGGAGGCCCAGACAGAGGACCCUGUGGAAGUGCAGCACCUCGCCCGUUAUGUGGAACAGUACGUGGGGACUGAGGGUGCGUCCAGCUCGCCUACUGAAGGAUUCCUGCUGAAACCUGUGUUCCUGCAAAGGAACCUGAAGAAGUUCCGGCGUUGGCAGUGUGAGCAGGUGCGCGCCCUGCGUGGGGAGGCCAAGAGCUCCUGGAAGCGGCUGAUGGGUGUGGAGAGUGCAUGUGACGUGGACUGUCGCUUCCGGCUGAGCACACACAAGAUGGUGUUCAUCGUCAACUCUGAGGACUAUAUGUACCGCCGUGGGACCCUCUGCCGGGCCAAGCAGGUACAGCCUCUGGUGUUGCUUCGCCACCACCGGCACUUCGAGGAGUGGCAUGGCCGCUGGCUGGAGGACAAUGUGACGGUGGAGGCAGCGAGCUUGGUGCAGGACUGGCUGAUGGGUGAGGAGGACGAGGACAUGGUGCCCUGCAAGACACUCUGCGAGACGGCACAUGUGCACGGGCUGCCUGUCACGCGCUACCGAGUGCAGUACAGCCGCCGCCCAGCCUCACCCUGAGUCUUUUGGGCCUCGCGUGCUAAACCUGGCCUCUGCACUUGAACCCAGGCUGCCUGGGGGUGGGCCUGCCGGCCACGCCUUCCCUCUUGCCAAAGUCCCCACCGUGGGCAGGCGGCACUGUGGCCAUGCAGCCUCAGGAAAGUUGCCAAGUGAUCAGUUGUGUGAGGCUUGCACUUGGGAGGGGAUCUUGGCACUAGAAACUGUGUCCUUCCCCAGAAUCUUAGAACAUCCCAUCCUGUUCUCUAGGGCUUUGGAGUUAAGCAUCCCCAGCCAGUCCUGGGUCUUCAGUCACGUUGAAAGAGGGGAAGUGCUCUCCAGCCAAGCCGUAGGGUCAGUCCCACAUGACCAAGAACUGGAGGGAGCCUAAGACCCCUGUCUGGUUUAGAGAUGCCAAGCCACGCUAUGAUCACAGUGGGAUGGUCAGCCAUAGGUUGUAGGGGCUGUGGCCACCAUCACAGGCCUUGUUCCUGAGGCGGACAUUCUAGAAACACGCACACAUAUUUAUUCCUUUAAGCGCUCUUCUUAGUGGUCGUAGUUCUGCAGCAGCCAGUCCCCAGCCUUCUUACCAGUGAUACCUCCUUGUGGAACUGUUGAGCCCACCCUGAUACCCCUGUACCUGCAGCUGCCACUCAAGAUGCUGCAGAGCUGUGCCAAACCCAAGGUCCCAGGAAACAGACUUGUUCUAGAUGUUUCCUUAGGGCUUUGAGGCUGCCGAUGGUUUUACUCCAGGGUUGUCCCUGUGAGUGUCUCUCAAGGGUCGCAGAGGCACUUUGAACACAUCCUUAUUUUCUAAGAGGGGAGUUCAUCCCACCAGACACAGGACUGGUCCCCGACCCCUUCUGUGUCUCCCUGUCCCCAGCUGGGCCCCAGGUGCCCUUUCGCAUGCUUCUGGGGAGCCACUCUUAAGUUUCUGAGGAAUUUCUGUCCUGGGCUUGACCUUCCUUUGCAGCUGUUUUGAAUGUAGUUUUCCUUUUCUAUUUAUUUGCACAUUAAAGUUAAAAGUUAAAUAUUGACAUAAA